AUACCGGGAAUCAUCGUCCUUUUGCCCUUCCGUGCGCCGCUUGCAUCUCGUUGUGUAGAAAAAAAAUUAGGUCUUAUAAUCAAUUCUUCCUCCACCCCCGGCGGCGGCCACUGCGGUGGCGGCAGCGCCGGGGCCCAUAGAUCCGAAGCAACCGCCGCGGUUUUACGCGGGGUUAUCUUGAAUCUGGGGAAGAUUUGGGAGAGGAUGUCUAAUCUUGCCAACAUGUUUGCUGUCCUUGACCUGGAUGGCGAGGACGAUCGAAAGGAAGUGGAACAACCGACAUCCAGCAAGCCAGAAGCCGCCGCCGCCGCCGCCGCCGCCGCCGCCGCCGCCGCCGCCGCCGCCGCCGCCGCCAGGAAACUCGAUAGUGGCAUGACGAAUAACAAAAUGAUUGUAAAUUAUGAUGGGGAUAAACUUGGUUCAUCGUCAAGUGAAUACAAGAUGCCAUUGGUGUGGAUUGACUUGGAAAUGACCGGUUUGGAUAUCAGAAAAGACCGCAUACUGGAGAUUGCUUGUAUUAUAACAGAUGGUAAACUUACCAAACGGAUAGAGGGUCCUGAUUUGGUUAUAAGACAGAGCAAGGAAUGCUUAGACAACAUGAAUGAUUGGUGUAAAACCCAUCAUGGUGCCAGUGGACUGACAGAACAAGUACUGCAGAGUGACAUUUCUGAGUGUGAUGCUGAGAAACAGGUGCUAGACUUUGUUAGGAGGUAUAUUGGUUCGGCGACUCCAUUGAUUGCUGGGAAUUCUAUCUAUACAGAUUUACUAUUUUUGAAGGAGUACAUGCCACAGCUUGCAGGCAUAUUCCCUCAUGUGAUAGUUGAUGUGAGCAGCAUAACGGCUCUGUGCAUCCGCUGGUUCCCAAAGGAAAGGAAGCAAGCUCCAAGAAAGGAGAAAAACCACAGGGCACUGGACGACAUCAGAGAGAGCAUCAUGGAGCUGCAGUACUACAAGGAGAACAUCUUCAAAUCGCGGCAAUCUAAGCAUUAGCCUGUUGGGAUUCAUUAGCUCUCUUGAUUAUUGGGAUGAAAACGUUCCCUGGUGUAUGAUCCUUCCAUAGAUUUGAUGAUGCUUAAAUGGCCACGUGCCUUUGGGGUAACGCCAAGAUUGUAGUCACAUAGGGCAUGUGUGGUUGGUGACCAACUUUGCCAUGGCUUGCCACUUGUUUUUGUCACACUGGCAAAAGUGCUCCCUAUCCCACUUUACUAGUUUUAGGGAAAUCACUGCUUCA